GUCAUUAUUAGCGGGUUCCGGUCUGUCCUGUGUGUUUUUACUGCAGACCUUUCCAUUGUUUUCCUGGCCAAGUGCGGGCUUCCCUGUCCGCUAACCCCGACCGGACAAGCUCAAACGUCGCCGGCGCGUGGAUACAACCCAACCGGGCCGGCUAGACCGUACAGGGCCGCGAUUGAGGAUCAGAGACCGGCUUCUUUCAUCGUUACGUGCUUGUGAGACAAGAUAGCAGGAUGUACACCGCCAUGAUGUCAGGCAGGUCCGCGCGGGCCGAAACCCGAUCUCGCGCCAAGGACGACAUCAAACGCGUCAUGCAGGCCAUCGACAAGGUCCGCAAAUGGGAAAAGAAGUGGGUGACAGUAGGAGACUCCUCACUCCGCAUCUUUAAGUGGGUCCCGAUGGUGGUGCAGGAAACAGAGAACCAGAACACGCGGCUAAGAAGGAAGUCGGAGGCAGCAGCUGAGGGGGAGGAAAACAGACAACAGUCUGAUCAACAACAACUCAGCCCUCAUGAGCAAGGCAUGUCAGCCCAGCCCCUUGCGUCCACGAGCGGCGUGGUCAUACCAGAAGGAGCGCAGGCCGUACCAGGCAGCGGCGAGACGGAACGUUCCAUUACACCGGGCAGGAGCCCCAUACAGGCCACCAACCCCAGCACACCCGCAUGGAACGAGGAUUCCAGCAGUAACUAUGCUCCCAGCUCCGUGGUCAGUAACGAUGAUGAGAACUCUCGAGCCAGCAGCAUCGGGGGCGUUGAGCUGUUGGGUACAGCAGACAGCCAGGACAGGACAAGGACAGAGGACAGCAACUCUGGGUCACUAAACACAGGAUGUGAUACCAGUGGGGAGGACAAGACCACAGACCAGCCACAGGGCAACGCCCUACAGAUGUCUCGAGACGCAGAAGAAGGCGGUCCGCCGGCCAAACGCUCCAGAACAGAAGAUGCCAUGUUUCCCUCCGCAACUUGACCUUCCCAAGGUCGUUCUACGUCUAAGAAAACCCCGACUGCCACUCUGUACCUCCAAGGAACACAUAUAAGACUUUUAUCUUCACAAGGACUGAAAGGAAAGAAAAAGGAUAUCUGUCUCUUAUUCUUAUGACAAAAAUGCCCACAAAGUCAAGCUUGAAGAAAUGAUCAUGUUUAUGUCCAAAAAUCUCCAAAAUUAUAUGUAACAUCUGUGUCCAUAAUAUCACCAGGGUCCAUAAUAUUGCCACCUUGAGAAAUA